CAGACAAAGAUCGUAGUGGGGAUUGCUAAAGAAAUGUAUGUGAAAUCAAGGGACUUACGUUCAUUCCAAUAGUAGACGUUAGAGCAGCUGGAAAGAUGGCUAAUUAUAAACUUGGGAAAGUUAUCAACGAAGGAAAAACGAAGAAGGUUUAUGAACUUCUAAAUGAUCCUACCUUAUGUUUGCUGGAAAGCAAGGACCGCAUUACCGCUGGCGACGGCGCAAAGUCUCAUGCAUUAGAAGGCAAAGCGACGAUUAGCACAUCUACCACCAUAAAGGUCUUCGGGUUGCUCAAUCAAGUUGGUAUCAAGACAGCUUACGUCAAAUCCGCCGGUCCAAAGUCUUUCAUAGCAAAGAAAUGUGACAUGAUACCAAUUGAAUGGGUUACUAGAAGACAGGCAACUGGUAGUUUUCUAAAAAGACAUCCCGGGGUACCUGAGGGCUACAGAUUCAAUCCGCCUUUGCAGGAAACGUUCUUCAAGGAUGAUGCUAAUCACGAUCCACAAUGGUCUGACGAGCAAAUUAUUUCCGCGGGCUUCCAAUUGGGCGGCAGGAAGAUAACGAAGGAUGAAGUAGAUAUUAUGAAACGCACUACUGUUGUCAUUUUUGAGAUUCUUGAGAGAGCUUGGACAGUACGUAAUAGUUCGCUGAUAGAUAUGAAGAUAGAAUUCGGUGUGGAUUCAGAUGGAAAAAUUUUGUUAGCUGAUAUUAUCGACAGUGAUUCCUGGAGACUCUGGCCUUCUGGAGAUAAGAAACAAAUGAAAGAUAAGCAGGUAUACAGAGAUCUAUCCAAUGUAACACAACAAAGUUUGGAGACUGUAAAGUGUAACUUUAAAUGGGUAGAAGAGCAAUUGGAUUAUGUUAUUGAAGCACCCACUCCAUUAGUUAUUAUACUUAUGGGCUCACCAUCUGACGAGGGACAUUGCCGAGAAAUUGCAAAGUAUGCUACAGCAUUAGGUCUAAAACCUCAACUUCGAAUCUGCAGUGCUCAUAAGGGUACUGAGGAAACUCUAAAUAUUCUUGCUGAAUAUGAAGGCAGCGGAGAAAACGUGGUACUGAUAGCGGUAGCCGGUCGCAGUAAUGGUUUGGGUCCAGUACUCUCCGGCAAUACGGUCUUGCCUGUCAUAAAUUGCCCACCUUUGAAGUCAGACAAUAUUGAACGAAGCGUGUGGUCCUCGCUUGACGUUCCUUCAGGACUUGGCUGUACGACAGUCAUACAUCCAGAAGCAGCUGCACUCGCGGCGGCGCAAAUCCAUGCGAUGCAGAAUCACUUGGUUUGGGCUCGUUUGCGAGCGAAGCAACUUUCCAACUUCAUAAAUUUAAAACGAGCCGACGUUGAAUUACGGAAGUUGUGAGCAGUGAUCCGGCUAAC